AAUCACAAUAAAAGUGCUUGGAGUCAAUGAAACUAUACCACAUUUUAUUUAUACAAAUAGUACCUCUACAUAGAAGACUGAACUGUUUCAUAUCAUUUCCCAAAAUAAUUUCCUUUCGGGAACUCUGUUGGAUGGUUUGACCUUCGCUACCUUGUCAAGUGACUCAAGUGGUUGCCUUUAGUUUUCAUUCCUGCUCCCCCCUGAAAACACUUGCACCAAGAUUUAUUACCGGGGGAAUGUGGGGACGAAUUCUUACCUAAAAUAUAAUGGCAUUUCGUUUUACCCUACACAAAGUAGCCAAUCAACUUUUCCAUUGUAUUCGUCUAUGGUAUUCGAAACAAACCACAACAUCGAAGCGAUCAAAUGUCAACGAAAUUGUAGAAUCAUUGGAUUUAAUUAAACUUUAUUUUGUUAUCUUACUAAACUACAUCUAAAGUCUUUAUAAUCAUAAUCCUCUUGUAAAUUUGUUGGUGAGCAAUGACUUUUUACGUUAAUGAUGAAUCAACUGUCUUGCCCGAUCUGCCUUCGCUCGGAUAUAUUUUGGACGAAAGCCCGUAUUGUCUUCAGUCUCUGAAAUUUUGGGAACAACAGACAGAAGAGGUAUGACUGAGAAAUAUAUAGUCCAUGUUUAAAAUAUCUAAGGAAUUGUGAUUUCACUCAAAUAUUAUUUAUGUAUAAUAAACAUUAAUAAUAUAAUAUACAUUAUACAGAGAUUUCAUUCUUGUUGCAACAUAUUCGAACUUUUAAUAUUCAGAAGCAAUGAUGCAGCACACUGAUGCAUCAUAUUUUAAUUUUGUUUACAAAUUAAAACAAAUUUAGGUUCUUCCUAAUGGCAUUUAAAUUGGUAUAAUAUUUUUUAUAAUAUAUUAAUGUAUUUAAUAGUGAAACACACUUAAUUUUGAUUUGGUAUUUUGAAACCCCCACCUUCCCCAUCCGGGGAAACAGAGUAUUUAGAUGACCCAAGCUGGCAAGUUCUUGUUCAUGUUUAGUGUUGAAUAACAAGUGACAAAACUACCUGAAAAAAAGCAGAAUUUCAACGUUUCAAAUAGUUUGUUGAAUAAACUUCAAUAAACCAACAGAGCUGAGUAUCUCUAUAUCAUUCGGUUUGACUAAAGCCCAUUUUCCACUAGGCGAAUUUGUUUACCAGAAGCGAAAAACAAAUCUUGGCAAUGUGAUUGGUCAGGGAAAAAAUUUGCAGCGAAAAAUUUGAUCGGUUUCUACUUUUUUCUGUUCGUGUGAACAAAUUUGCCUAGUGGAAAAUGGGCUCAACUCAUGGGUGUUCGUUGUGGGGGUUAGGGGGUGAAUUUAGGGUGUUAUUAAGAGAUUACUACACCGAAUGCAAGUUUACUGACAUCAGCCACAACGAACACCUGUUCAAUCAUUCAGCUUAUCAGAAACAAAACCAACUUUAUUAUGGAAAUAUGCCUCUGAUUUCCUAUAAGGAAAUGUUGACACAAUUAAUAUAGGUUUUGUAAUAUUGCUUGUGCCUUUCAUUUUGAACUGCAUGCCAUCAUUUAACAACUAUUUUCCUGGUGAUAGUUUUGCCCUAGUCAAAUGUGAAGAGUGCAUCUGGUUUGUCUACUGAACACUAUGUACAUAUAUAGCCACGUAAAUUACAAAUGAGCCUUACCAAACUCAGGCCUGCAAAUAAUUAUUUUACUUGGAAGGACAAUUGUCUGGCCAAGCCAAAAAUUGGUCGGACAUUUAUCAAUUUUUCUCGAACAACACUAGACAAAGUAAAUUUUUUUUCAUAUUUUUUUUAUAUUAGCAUUCUUACAUUAUAUUAGCCUAAUGCAUCAGUCAAUUAUAGUUCAGGUUAUGCAUAACUUUAAUUUCUACCAUGUUAUAUACGAAGGUGAUGUAGAUUUAUAAUUAAAUCUUACAGCUUAAUGCAGCAAGAAAUAGUCAAAUCUAUGAAAUAGUGGAGAAGUGCUGUCUAUAUUUGCUUUCUUGUUGGUUUCAUUAAUAAAAAAUGUGUUAAAUAAUUUUUUGAGAUUGGACCAGCCUAAAUUGGUUGGUCACAUGUCCGGUCAUAAAAAGCUUUGGUUGGACAAAAGGUAAAAUUUGGCCGGACAAUGUCUGAUAACCGACACUAAUUUGCAGGCCUGAAACUUCUAAGCAUAGGAAAGUUUAAAACUGAAAGAGAUAUCCAAUUUGAAUAAAGUUAGUUUAGUUUUUAAACCUCUACCAAAAUAUUAGCUAUUUUUUCACACACCCCCCCUGACUAAAAACCCUGGGUACUCACUGGAAGGAAAGUCAGUUUGUGGGAUGAGAAUGUUCUUUUAUGUCUAAAGCCCAUUGGAACACCUAUCAAAUCUUUAUUUUGUUAAUCUAGAGUGCUUGACUGCCAGUUCUCAUCAACCCUCAUUCUUGUUUGAUCAGGGCUUUAUUACUAAUAAAGUACUCCAAAACAUAAUUUUCUGGGGAAGGCAAAAUGUGCACCCACUUAAAAAAUUGUAAUGUUGUGGUGGCAGAUAGAACAGUCUACAACAGAAAUUCGAUAGGGGUGCAUCCAUCAUUAAUAAUGUGAACACACUCAAUCCAAACAAGUAAUCAUAAGUCUACUUGUCUUCAUGGAAAUGCACUUACACAUGGCAUAGAAAUAUGUACCUGGAGCCAGCUGUAUAAAAAGGUAGUUAAAGUUAACUACAGUUAAGUUAUUUUAGAGUUACCUACCAAAACAGUGGGUAAAAAUUAGUUAAGAGUUUUAUACAACCGUUCCCAGUACAGCAAACACCUAAAACCACCAUAUCCUUCAUGGAUGGUUGAAAAACCACCAUAUCCUUCAUGGAUGGUUGAAAAACCACCAUAUCCUUCAUGGAUGGUUGAAAAACCACCAUAUCCUUCAUGGAUGGUUGAAAAACCACCAUAUCCUUCAUGGAUGGUUGAAAAACCACCAUAUCCUUCAUGGAUGGUUGAAAAACCACCAUAUCCUUCAUGGAUGGUUGAAAAACCACCAUAUCCUUCAUGGAUGGUUGAAAAACCACCAUAUCCUUCAUGGAUGGUUGAAAAACCACCAUAUCCUUCAUGGAUGGUUGAAAAACCACCAUAUCCUUCAUGGAUGGUUGAAAAACCACGAUAUCCUUCAUGGAUGGUUGAAAAACCACCAUAUCCUUCAUGGACGCUGCACCAUCUUAUCCAUGAAGGAUAUGGUGGUUUUUCAUCCACCAUUUACUCAUGCCAACACCUAUUGUACACAGAAAGUCCACAGUGACUCAGCAGUCUCAGCACCUUGUUCUCAGUUCAGCCUUUGUUGGAUUUGACCUAAGGUUGGAGUUGACCUAAUGGCUUUGGGGUACAGUAUUUUAUAAUUUCGCCGUGGAUAUUCAUCGACACCGGGUCGUAAUGCGCUACGACUAUUAAUCCGACACAAUAUUACGCAUGCGUACACGCAACAACUACGUUUCUCUGGCCAAUAAUUUUGUGGCCCCCACACGAUAACCCCAAACCUAACUGUGACCAGAUCUUAACCAUUCUGGCCACUUUUUCCCAGGGAAAGAAACGUCAGUAUGUACACCGGAUUACCAACUGCUGGGUUCGAACCCGGAGGUAGCGCAUACGAGGCGAGUGCCUCAACCACUCAACCACCGAGGAUUUCCUUGAAAUUAACUGGAAAUUAUUUGGUGUCAUUUUAGCAUGUUUAAAGAAUGAAUUACGCGUACAUACAUACAUACAUACAUGCAACAUUGUCAUUGACGUUUUUUGGACAAUAAAUGUUUCCUAAAUCUUUCCGGAAACCUGUCCAAAAUCCUAAGCGGUCCGAAUCCUAACUGUUUUGGCCACCUGUUUGCAGGAAGAACUCUUCAGGCCCAUUUCCACUCAACUGAUAAACUCUUUCCACGAACAGAAAAAUUUCCGAAAAUAUCAUUGUUAAAAGUUGAACAUUUUCAACUUCAAAAUUUUUUCCGACGGAAAAUUUUUGUCGACCACCAAUCACAUUUCACAAAAUUUUCUUUCUGCGGAAAAUUUUCCUGAGUGGAAAUGGGCCUUUACAGACUUGCACUCCCGCGUAUUUGAUCCGAGCGAUAGCUCGUGCAAGCGGAGUACGUUAAUCACUCGGCCACCGAGGAAUUGCUUGAAAUCAACUGAACUUUAUUUGAUGUCAUUUCCGCAUGUUCAAAGAACGAGGAAAACACUUUUGUCGGACGGAUAUCGUCGACAUAUGGAUCCUGUGGCGGACGAAAAAUCACUGCGUUUUGACCUAUGUCAUAUUGUUUAUUUAUUUAUUUAAAACUACUUUUUGCACGGUAACUAAUCAACCAUAAUAAGUCAAAAUACAGUCAAACAGGGUUUGCUUUUCAUUAGGCCGUGCAUGCAGCAAUAAGAUUAAAACAUUUUAUAGAAAAUCCACCGGAUUCCACCCCCACCCCUACUAGCAAUUUCUUCCCCCAAAUCUCCCUUAUUUCCCCCUCACACAUUAAAUGAGAUAAAAUACUUGACUUAUUUUUACUUUGAUUCCAUACAUUCAUGAAACAUGAGAAAAUAAUCACAUGAAAACGAGGCCAUUGGGGCAAGGGUGCAAUAAACAGUAUACACACUCACUCAAGUAGAUGGAAAUUGUCACACCCCACGUACUUACUUACUUACCUAGACCUACCAGGAACAGCUGCGAAAAAUGCAACUACAGGUCCCUGGCAGGAAUCGAACCUACGGCCCUGCGAUUCCGGUGCAGCACUCUAACCAACUGAGCUACAGAGUCCAGUUGUCAAGUUCUACUAACCACAAGGUUAUGUGUAUACAUAUAGGGUACCGCCAUGUUUAAGUUAUGGGUAAAUAUCGAGAUUUUUUUUAUAUCUCACUCGAUUCAAAUCAAUAAUAAUUGCAAGAUCUUGUAGAUGGAAAUUAUGGAGUGGAAAUUCAUAUACAUACAGUAUACAUAGUAUACUAAUAAAUUUAUGUAUGUAUAUAUAAAUGUAUAUAUAAUAAUUACUGUUUAAUAAACGAGUAGGAGUGUUUUAUCACAUAUAAAACACGACGCGUAGCGGAGUGUUUAUAUGUGAUAAAACACGAACUACGAGUUUAUUAAACAGCUUCAAAAACGUCUCAGUUAGAUCACGGCAUUGGCGAAAUAAUUUUCCAAAAUAACUUUGUAUUAGCUGAGAAAAUACAAGUUGAAAUUUGAAGCGUGUUUUAUCACAUAUAAAGACACGACACGCUUAUGAUUUCUCUUUGUGUUUUCCUCAUGAAUUAUUAAUGAUGUUUGAAGUAUAAUAUAAAUUUCUACUCGAUAAUUUCCAUCUACAAGACUCUUCAAUAGUUCAAUAUACUACACUCAAUAUAAAAUAAUGUGUCAUAUAUAAGAUUCAAUAGGAAAACACUAAAAUACCCCAAAAUCACCAUGUAUGUGAGUUAUGUGACAAUAUUCCUUUUAACCCAUUUAGAUUGGUAAUGUUGUCAGUCAUGUUUCAAAGUGUGCAAAAGCAUACCACAAAGCCGCUGUAGACUUCAAUUCUGCAAGUGAGAACUUAACAUCUGGUCUUCAGAAAGCUGCAAAUGUUUUGUCAAGAGAUGCUAAUCUAAAAAACCCGCUUUUAAAGGUAACAGUGGACUUGUUUAACGGACUAUCCUUUCGCGCUUGUUACGACAGGAAACGUUUCCGCGCGGAUAAUUUUUAACGCCGGUUUUAAUUUCGCGCACCUGUUGUCUGCGCAAAGCCUGAUACUGCGCAAAAUAAACACAAGUAAGACAGGUACCUAUAUUAGUACGUAUAUGUUGUAUGGCAGUAAGACUUCUCUGUUAUAUGAAUUUGAAUUUAUUAAUUGACAUAUACAGUUGAAACUUGUGCUCCCAUUAAGCUUUGCGCGCUUAUAGAGUUUAAGGUUUAAGAUUUAGAGUUUAAUGUUUUUCAAAGGACAACCAUUUUUGAAUUGGCUGUAUACAAUCUUGAGAUGUAAAAACAAACGAAACUCAAUUUAAAUAAUGAUUUGAAGUUUGUAGACAUGCUGCAGAGAGUGGAUUGUUAUCAUGGUAUGUUUCUGAACCAAACUGAAAUGUUAAUGUGUGGACAACUAGAAGGUUUAGCAAAAGAAUUUGAGAAACUUAAGGUACUGUGACCACAAACUGCCACACCUAAUUGGCUUAUUUUCACCAAUUGAUUUCACCGUGUAGCCACUGAACUGUGAAUUCGUUUUACACCUCAGGAAAUGAGACAACAAGUAAAGAAAGCAAGUCACGACUUAAAUUUGUCAUGGGAAAAGUUCUCAAGUUGUCAAAAUAUCACGAAUUUACAAGAGGUAUGUGUUGUUUUGUAUAGCAUAGCAGAGAGCGACAAAUCAAGAUAAAUAGUUGUAUCUCGCUGGUACUGAGUGCAAACUAAGGUGUUUAAUAGAGCAUUUAAUAUAUUUUAUUUUAUAGUCUUCAAUAUUGGACAAGCUUGCCUAUAACAUGCUAACGUCUCGACAUCACUACCAACUACUACUAUCAACUUAUGUCAAUUCUUUGAGAGAAAUGAAUACUGUGAAAAAGGUAUGCCAAGUGGGAUGAAUUUAAAGUAAACAAUUACUCUGUUGUUACUUCGUAAUUCAGCAACUUGUGCGCAACUUGUAACCAACAAGGUUGCAACAGUCUUGCUGGAAAAACAAUUUCGGUGUUAAAAGGAUUUUAGGAAGAUAUUCUGUAAAACGUCUUUAUAUUUGUUUCAGGUUUCGUUCGUUAAAACACUUGUUGAACACAUUUUGGCAAAAUUCUUUUUUAUCAACUUUACAUAUCAGGUAGGCAUAUAAAUUCCUACGGUCUGUGCCGGCGUAGGUAAUCACAAAAACACCAGAUCACUUCGGAUUUAACUACCUGAAAAAUACUAGUAAAACUUAGACGAUUCGAGCGAAGGCCCUUCAUCGGGAAGUUAGUAGCAUCAUAGGCAGCCCAGAUAUAUGUGUUGAUUUUAUUCUAGUUUCUGAAAGUGAAAUAGCUUUAAACACUCGCGCGUGGAAAUUAUCACGGUCGCGAGACGCUCGCAUGGGCAUUGUCAUCACGAUAAUUCAUUGUACAAUGAAUCAUCGUGAUGACAAUGCCCACGCGAGCGUCUCGCGACCGUGAUAAUUUCCACGCGCGAGUGUUUAAAGCUAUUUCACUUUCAGAAACUUAGAAUAAAAUCAACACAUAUAUCUGGGUUGCUAUGGUAGCAUGCAUGGGUCGGAAAAAUGCAUGUGAAAGCCAGUGGUCCCAGAAAUUUUUUUUUGAGUUCCCAGAAAUAAUUUCCCCAUGCAAGGAAGGAAAAAUAUAAUUGUAUAAAUUUAGAUAAAAGGAGAAAUUCAUAUAAGUACAGUGUAUAAAUGUAUCAAUCUGAGACACCUUAUUUCCAAAUUUUCUCGGAGAGCAUUCCCCCAGAUCUCUCUAGUAGUGCCCCCCCCCCCCCUGCAAUAGUAUCUUUUUUGGCAUCUAUAAAUUGACCUCGAGAUCUGACUCCUGAUGCAUGUUAUUUAAAUUAGUUUUAUGUUAUAUUCCUAAAAGUAUUAUUAAGAUUCUCAGUGCACUGAAAUUGUUUUCCUAGAAUAUAGCAUGACAUUCAGGGCCGGUUGUACGAAGGCCGGAUAGCGCUAUCCAUCGGAUAGUGAUUUUUUCAACCUUUGUAAAAUGCUUGAAAAACAGUGAAACUACGGAUAUAGACGACACAAGAAGUAUAACAAACAUUUAACUUAUAAGUACUAAACUUUUAUACGAGUUAUACCAAUCAACGACUGAUUUAACAAAGCUUGAAAAAAUCACUAUCCGGUGGAUAACGCUAUCCGGCUUUCGUACAACUGGCCCCAGUUUAAUAACUUGUUAAUAAUGUUAGUGUUACACAGUUACAGUGUCUAAGUAUCGAUUUACGUGAUUAUUCACAGAAAAUGUUUCAAUGCAUGGACUUCUUGCGGUUCCACAUAGUAAAAUACUUUUUCCAUCCCUGGGCCCUCGCUUGAAACGUCGAAGAUUUUCUUGUAUUUUUUCGGUAGUUGCAUCAAUCCGCAGUUGUCUGAUAUAAAUUCUUAUUGGUUUAAAAUUUAUUGAGGGACUAUUCAUAUUUUUUAAGAUACUGAAAGAUUCGGAAGACCACACUAAUGAACUUUUUGAUGAUUUACUGAACCGUGUUGUUCAUAGCGAGGUGAGAUUUAGCCUGCGAACAGGCGUUUAUAGGAGAUCCCGAGGGAAAUAAAUGCCUGUUCGCAGGCUAGGUGAGAUUAUAACAUCCUUUUUCUAUUAUACUCAAACCGGUAUUCAAGGUUUUGUGACCAAAGUAUGUCACUCUGAUUUGUUAAAGUAUUUAUGCAACGAAAUUCCCACCAUUGUGUUGUAAAGAAAAUUGUGUUGUAAAGAAAAUUCAAAAUGACCAGUAAGAUACUCAGCUCGCUGCGAGUGCUUGCAUCUAAUUAAAAUUAACUGUUUAGCAUUGUGAUUGGAUGAAAGUGCUCAUGCAUGCACUCGCAGCGAGCUGCGAGGAGCUUCGUGCAAGGACUGGAAAUCCGCCUUAAUCAACUCUUUUUCAAAUUUGUUGACAUACAACACAUUUGUAGUAUGCAUGUUAACCUAACACCUAUGCACGAUUUUAUGAUUUCGAUGCACGAUAUCCCAAGUUAUUAUACAAUGUCACGUCAUAGUGAGGAUAAAUUGUUUAAAAAUUUUAGCAAAGUAUCUUAUUGUGUCAUUUUGAAUUUUCUUUACGAUGCGAUCAUAAAAUAAUGGUGUGAAAUUCCGUUAUUGAUAUACGAUAUAAAUACGAUAUCCAAAUAACAACAGUGAAAUUAAUUAUUGAAUAAACAUUCUUCUGUCUUGUAGAUUUCGUGUGAAAACGAUGUACGGUUGAAGAAAGUCAUUCAGAUGAAAAUUGACAGAUCAUUUGAAAAAGACAAAGGCGCAUUUCAUACUCCAGCAACUAUACUGGGGUAGGUAGCCUUGCACAUUCUUACAUUGCGAUACUUGGAUUACUGAAGCAAACGACAAAUAUGGCGUACUCUUGUAGACUCUCUAACUCAGAUGAUUCUCUCCUUUCAGUCUUUCCUUUUUAAUCUGUUCAGGGUUUCAUACUUUCAUGGUUGAAAAUAUUGGGGGGUGGGGUGGGGGAGGGAUCGUCCUCUUCGCCAAUUCCCCCCUGGUGUUUGCCAAUGGAACGCAUCCACCAACCCAAUCAUUGGAGCCCAAUGAAAAUUUCAAAAUUCAUUCCAGAAAAAAAUGGCUUGAAUAGUUUAAUUGUUAAUUAAUAAAAUAGUCUUAGAUUGCAAACGAGCAGUACGAUAAACUGAACAAAAGAGAAUUCCCGUUACAGAACCUCUAGGGAGAACUGUUUAGAAUCGAUAGAGCUAUCGAGUAUAAGCAAAUCACCUCAUCCUUUUUUUCACAGAUCUUCAAGUUUAGCUCAUUCUGUGACAACCGUAAAUACUCAAGCUGGGAAGUUUUUCAACAGAAUAAAUGACUUACUUGGAAGUUCAGGUAUAUAUCCAUUUCUCUAUAAAUAAACCACAGACAUGGUUUUAGAGUAUUUCAUCAUCGCGUAUUUCUCUUUGAAACAGGACUCCGGGAAUCUGUGAGAAAAAGUCCAAAAGGCUCACAACAAUCAUCUCCUGUAACUGAGAAAGAAGUACGAUGGGUAUAUUUUUUAAGUGUGAAUUUCUCUGCAUACUUAUGUACUUACUUACAAAUUUAUUUAGCCACGCUGGCCGUACACAACAUGGUUGAAAAUACAUGUGUUGAUUUUCAGAUGGGGCGUGUUCAAACUUAAGAAUAAUAUUAAUGGUGGAUUUCCACUUCAUCUUUGAAAUAGUUCGCUUGCUUUCUUCUAUUUCGUGACUAUCCGAACUAAUCAGUUCUACUUGACUGUUCACGAUUCAAAUGAAAUCGAGCGAAAAAUGUCGCUGUCGAAAUUAUCCAGCUUAAGGCAUUUCAAAAACUUACUCUGUGUGUUUUUGACCGCGCUGAACUAUGCUCAUCGGGGGGACUUGAGAAAAAACUGCCGCAGCGCAGUGGGCUUGAUUCUCGCUACAAACUCUACACAUAAUGAUAAUGAGUCAUGGCCUGAUUUUGAGGGGAGGAGCGUACCUCCCCUGAGAUUCAUUGCACCUCCCUUUCUUUUGGAAAGGUUAAAUGAUAGAUGAAACUGAAAAUUUGACACACUUUUAUGUGUUGCUUGUGAGUCUAUACACUUGAAAAACUGAUAGCCAUUCAUCUCUGGGUCAUGUUUCGAAAGAAACUUGUAGUAAUGAAUUUAAGGACACAAUUGGACGAGUCGUGCAGUCAUCAUUCAUUGAUACACUGAUAUUUAACAAAUAUAAAACAUUUUCCGUGUUGAUAUACAGUUAUUACCCAAUUUCUACGAGUGUUGAUAUAACUGUAUAUCAAUACGGAAAAAAUGUUUUAUAAUUGUUUUAUAAUAUAGCACAAAGAAACAUAAAGAAAGAAAUUUUGCGAUGUUUCUGUGUUGACAUUGAGUUAUAUCAACACGGCUCUUAGCGAAUCAGCGUUCAGAGUUUACAAAUGCUUUAUUAUAAACAUUACAUAUAUACAGUGCAUAAAUACGUCACGUAAUUGGCUUUACGUUCGAAGCCCUAACAUUCCAUGGGGUCCAGACCGAUACAUCUGCCCUAAAUAUUUUUCCAACUCCCCUUGAAACGUUUCCCAGAUUAAUCUCUGCAUGUCCUUACCUGUAGCCCUCUCUCUUUUCCCUUUCUUCUCUUUACGCUCUUUUCUGUAUCCCAGUUUUCAUUUCUCCACUCUCUCGCAUUAAUUCAGGAUCAAUGGGAGAUAUUACAAGACAGUGAAAAGGACAAAUCUGAAGAUAAACCUGAAAAAGAAACAUCAACUGCAGUUGAAGACAAAACAACAACAAAUGAUGACAAUGAUGAUGUCAUUGUUGAUCAGCCAGGUAAGCUAUUUAAUAGUAGUGGUUCAUAGGAUUGUGUUUUUCGCCAUACUUUUUUAUAUCCAAACUCUCAGAGAUAUUAAAAUGUCGUAGGAACAUUAAAUAAAAAAGGUUGUGAGAACUUUUGUUGAUUUGUUCUUGGACGAUAUUUUAGCCAACGAGAAUGAAGCGAAGUCUAAAGAAGAUUCUGCAUGGAGUGAUUUCAAGUCAGCGGAAAGUACAACCCCUGCUAGUAGUACUCCUACGAGUAGUGAACCUACGAGUAGUGCUCCUACGAGUGGUGAGAAUACUACUCCAGUACUAGAAGAAACCAAAUCAGAAGAAAAGUAAGUCUUAUCCACUGAUCUGCUUAUUAAAACUGGAUUGAAUGUGUAUUGUGUGGAAAAUGAAGCGGGAAGCCUCCGCCAGAAGGUUAUGUUUUCAUACGCGUUUGUGUGUGUGUCUGUGUUUGCCCGUUUGUUUGUUUGUCAGCACGAUAACGUAGAAAAUAGCAAACGUAUUAAUAUGAAAAUUUGUGGAACUAAUGGACAUUGCCCAAGGACAAAGUGAUAAAAUUUUGGUUCAAUUUGGAUGAAAAUUGGAUGGGAAAUUAAUUAGCAAAAGUUUGUCUUGCUUUGCCGGGCAGAGUAAACUGAAUACGUAAUUAGCCCAUUGUAUAAUUUAUGCAUGAUACAUAACUUAAUUCACUGGCGGAAUAUUACACGUACCAAUUGAAAGUUUGUUUGAACGUACAAAUUGACUGAAAGUUUUUUUUGUUUGUAUUUAGUUUGGAACCAGAACUUCCAGAAAUCAUUGCAGUUUCAAAAUGGUCAAACCAUCAUCGCGGAUAUCUGAGGAUGCGGCAGAAAUCUUUUCCAAAAAAUAAGUGGCCUUUACUGGUAAGCCUUCUUACGAUGCUUAACUGUGAUCAUUCAUCUCUUCGAUUAAAUUUUUGAUGCUGUGCAAAAAACUGGUGACAGCUAUUGUAUUUUUUGGGGGAAUACUCUGUAAUGUUAUAACUCGCAUAUCGAAUAUUAACUUUUCCAUUGUUCGUUCUAACAAAAAACCAACGAGCGAAAACUUUAUGAAACUAUAUUAUAAUUCUGACUGCUCAAAAUAAAUGCCUUGCCGUUGGGACUUGGGAGUGGUCUCAAGAAAAAGUAAAAUGUUGAGAUUUCUCGACCAAAAAAAAAACUCCCUCCCCACCUCCAAUUAUUAAUGACUGGUCUCCAAAUUUAAUUCAGUCUGGUGCUGUAAACGUUUUCCCGUUGUUAAUCCCACAACAAGUAGGAUCAUGUAAUAAUUAAAAGCUGUUAGUAUUAAUCCAAUAACAGCACAUGAAAGAUAAUAUGAAAAAUAAAAGAUAUUGAAAGUAAAUCCGCUAUAAAAACUUAUAAAACGUGCUAUGUUGAAAAGCGGAUUGGAGCAGUGUCUCCGUUACAGAAUCCCUACGAAAAUGUGAUGUAGUUAGUGUAAAUUGAAGGCCAAUAUAUCCGAUACGGUUAUCGGAUAUAUAGUGUAAAUUGAAGGCCAAUAUAUCCGAUACGGUUAAGGCUACCCGGAAUAGUGUAAAUAUAGCCGGAAUGUUAUCAUGCAUUUUAUUUCCAGUACUUCGUUGUGGAUGAAUCAACUGGACGACUUCUUGUGCAGGGAAUAGAUCAAAAAGAGGCGAACGAAUUUGCUAACUUGUUGCUAAGCAACGUGAAAACAUGUAAUGAGUUGGAAGUUGACAGGAACUUCUGUUUUCAAGUGAGUGCUACUGUAGGAUAUAUUGUGGGACAGCAGAGCGAGGACGGCCAAAACAACAACAUUCAAAUCAAUUAUUCCAGAGAAAAUUUGUCGUUUAUUGUCAAUCGUAUAGUACUACUAUACUGCAUGUUCAGUACAGUUUACUUGUAUUUUUCAGGUGGUUGAAUCCUAUAUCAAUCCUCACCAUACAGUGUAACCUUUUGUUUAUCAAUAAGUAGUUGAAUAUGUUUUCUAAUAUUUUUAUAUAUUAGUUAAUUUCACCCAAAAGUGAGCACGUUCUUCAAGCUUUGACUGAAAAUGAGAUGCAUCAAUGGAUCGCCGCCAUUCAGGUUUGCAUCCUUUUUUAGUUUCUAGUUUUUUUAUUGGCAAAUACACCGACAUUGACGUAUAGCAAUAUACCUUCCCGAAACUACACCAUUUUGGCUAUAGAAGUUCGUUUUCGUGUAUGUGACGUCAUUUAAAUUGAGCAAAAUGUAUAAUAUAUACUUCUAUUACUUAGGCUGCGACGACUGAGGCAUUAAAAAAGUCCAAAGAAAAGCUGCAGGUAUGGUCUGUGUGUAUUAAAAGAUAAAAAAUUAAAAGCAUGUCUAAAUCAUUUCUUAGAAAGGUUAUAUGUAAACUAUAUAUUUCGUGGAUAAAGUCAAUCAUCAUCAACUGUUGUUAAUUUUAGUCCCUGAAACCAACCUACGCGUAUGGAUAUGUUAAACCGGAAGAGAAUAAACAGAUUGUCGCGAAUGCAUCGGAAAGAAUUCGAAAGAUUGAAGGAAACAAGAGAUGCGUUGACUGCGAUCAUCCACGUACGUUGCCUUACAUUGGGAAUCUUAAUGAAUCGAUAAAUAUAUGUCUGCUGUUUGUAUAUUGUUUGCAUAGUUCUGUUAUACUUUUUGAUAUAGUAUGUUGUUUGUAUAGUUACAAGCCAUUGUUUUCCAAGCCAUUGUUUUCCAUGUAGGUCCAGAUUGGGCAAGUAUAAAUAUUGGCAUAGUGAUGUGUAUUGAAUGUUCUGGAGUCCACCGAGGUCUUGGGGUACACGUCUCGAAAGUUAGAUCACUGACAUUGGACAAGUGGGAGGAAAAAGUCGUACAGGUGAAGCCCAGUGAGCUCUAUAUAUAUAUCUGGAGCAAGAACUGCAGUAGUGAAACCAAGAUGGCGGAAAUUGAUGUCGAAUAAUUGAACUAGCCUUCAAGUUUGCCUUCAAGUUUCCGGUUGGAAGUAGCGUUCCAGUUAUUUUCAUUUCAAUGUGACCAGUAGCUAUGAAGGUCGCAAACAGCUUUCACACCAUUUUUUUCCAGCUAAUUCCAGUUUUUGUUCUGCGGCCCGUAUCGCCAAACAAAGUAUCAGUUCACAAAUCCAUAGUGUUAUUCUUUAAAUCGAUGUCAAAAUACGAAAUUUCGGCACACUCCUUGCCAGCUUCGUGUUAACCGCGCAGACAAAAACAAUAGAAAGGGACUGGAACUGACGUUCAAUAGCUCGUUAAUGGACCAUUUGCAUUAUAGACUAAAUUUUGAUCUAAACAAGUCUAGACAAAAAUUUCAUCACAGCUUGAAAGAGCAUCACAAAAUUAGUAGUAUUCCACAGUUUGGUUGGGAAAUGUUGUAAAAUGCGGAUAAUAUAGCCUUGCGAAGUUUGCCGUUUUUCAGUCAUUUUGUAUUACAAACGGGAAAUUGACAGCCCCAAAGGGUAUUGGGCUGUCAUUUUCCCCCGCGUAAUGCAAAAUGACUGAAAAACGGCAAACUUCGCAAGGCUAUAUUAUCUGCAUUUUACAACAUUCAGUCCCAACCAAACUUUGGAAUAUUACUAAUUUUGUGAUGCUCUUUCAAGCUGUGAUGAAAUUUUUAUCUAGACUUGUUUAGAUCAAAAUUUAGUCUAUAAUGCAAAUGGUCCAUUCCCGCCAUCUUGGCUUCACUCUUUGGUCUCCAGUCCUCGGUCCAGAUAUAUAUGGAGCUCUCUGGAGAAACAUUUUUUCUUCAGGUCAUAUAAUACAUAGAAAUGAAAAUUAUAUCUGUUUAUCUUUGAUUUUCCAAUUGAUCAUGAUGCAAUUUAUGUUACACUUAAUGUAAUUUCAGUUUAUGGAGUCUCAUGGCAAUACCAAAGUGAACGCGAUAUACGAAGGAAAUUUGGAUGGCUAUAAAAAACCUUCACGUGAUUCGACAAAGUGAGUAUAUAUUGGAUAUAUAAUUUAUAUUAUUUAUUUUGACAUGAAUAUUUCUUGCAUGCAGAGCUGUAUAGUAAUACAGAUUAGUAAAAAGAGCUGUCUUCAAUAGAAAAGGAUAUUAGCACUAUAACUUUAGCACUUUUUCGGUUUUGCACUUCAGCAGUUUUUAUUAUGAAAUAUAUACAGACAUAUAUAGACAUAAAACGUUUUCUCGUGUUUCAAUAAAUUUACAUACCUUUUAACGUUGUAACUGUGCAGUUUGUCGCGUAUUUAUAAUACACACUUUCCACAAGGUUAAUUUUUCUUAAUCAUCGUAUUCUCGUGGCUUAUACGUUCAGUAAUGUUUUACUGUUGUUAACAUCAGUUUUUAUUGAAUAAUUGGUUCUUGCACUUUUUCAAUUUUUUCUAAAGAAAUCAACAGGAAAACAUAUGAAAAAUUUAAAAUUAUGCAAACUCGGCUAUACUAUGUGUUAACAGAUUUAUAGAAAUAUUCUAAGCGUAUACAGUACAAUAUCAUAAGUGAAUAAAUAAAUAGCAUGUUUAUUCCGAGUUUAUUUUCAUAGGGAAGAAAGAGGUCGAUUUAUUCGUUUAAAAUACACAGACAGAAAGUUUAUACAAGAAGAUGACGAUGUCGACUCCGAGGUGGAGCUGGCUUGUAUGAAACAAACUGAUAGUGAUGAUGAAAAACUCUUGGAGGAAAGUGGAGAGGUAAAAAGCUAAUAUGUUUCAUGUCCCCUAGCCUCCUCCGCAGGCAUCUCACCCGGGGAAUCGGGUGGUCGGAAAAAGUGAUUUUUUUCCAAUACCCAUUCGCAGGCUAAAAUCCAUAGAGAUGCCUGCUUACUUCAAACAGUCCCUUGAAAAGCCCCUUCAAAUGGCCCCUUACUUCAAACAGCCAGGACAUUGGUUCUAGUAGAUCAAUUUUAAAAUAACCUUACAGUGUAAAAAUUCAUCUCUCAGAUUGAAUUUUCGAUGUUUACUAUUGUGUCGAAAUCUGGAACGUAGGAACAUCUAUUGCAUUUUUUUUGGGACACCUUGUGUAAUUGGCUGCUGCGUUAUUUUAUCUUUAAGCGAAUUUCUGCGAGAGGUUUGUCGUUAGUCGAGGACAGAUCAACUGGUUCAAGUCCUGUAUGCUUAGUUGAAGAUUGCAAGGUUAGACUUUGCACUGAGAAUGCCUGUACCGCCAUUUGCACUCUUCUAGUAUUCUGCGCACACGAGGGUUACACUCGUAUACUGAUCUAUUUAAUAAGCUGCGUGCAACUGUUUCUUUUAAACAGUUAUUUCAGAUAUAUAAUAUAUAUAUCCGAAUUAGAAAUUGAUGCAGAAGGCGAGAUUGAUAACACUUAUACAGAGUCCUUGAUAUUUUCGGGUAUCACAACCGAAUCAAUUAGCCUUUCUCACGAUGACGAAUAUCCGCCAUUUUUGAGUGGCAUCUAAUUCUCGUUAACCAAUGCAGACAAUUAAAACAAUAUGAAAAGCAAUUUUUCAAAAUAAAAUAACCAUUUACAAAGCAAAUUUAUCAUCAUUCGUCCAAAAACGUACAAAACGUCGCGACCUGUUAUGUGGACUUAUCUCGCAGACUUCGGCUGAAAAGCCACCCAAAAAUGGCGGCGUGAGAAAUGCUAAUAAGGUUCAUAGGUCUCCCGAAAAGGUAGCGUUGCAUCAUGUUUAUUAUUUCCCCAAGGUUGGCAAGAAAAAUAUAUGCGGGAUGACGGUUGCCGUACCGACGUCACAAAGCUCUUUGAUUGGCUGGUUGAAAUCUUGACCAAUCAGAGAGCUUUAUUUUGUGACGUCGGGACGGCAGCUGUCAUCCCUAUAGUUUGAAAAAAUGAGUUUUUCGUCAUUUGGUACUAGUUUUUGUAUACAGUGUUAGAUCGGUAUUUUCUUGCCAACCUUGGGGAAAUGAUAUAUAUAAUGAUGCAAAUGCAAGGCUACCUUUUCGGGUGACCUAUAUAGGGUUUGGGUCAAAAGUGCUAUUCUAUUGCAUCAAAAAUUGCCUCGUGUGAUAAGGGCUUUGUAAACGAGAUGUCCGUCAAUUGCACUGUAUUGUUUGCCUCGAAUUCUUGGGUUUCAUAUGACGUCAUAAAUUUGACGGGGGGUCAACUCUAAAUCGAGACACAGUCAUCAGAGUGAAUUAAUUGUUCACUGUAUGUGUUGGCCUUGUGUUUGGUGGCAAAUACAUGCAGUUUCGUAUCAUUUGCUCACUCCAGUACAGCAUAAGCAUCAACACAUUCUAGGUUGAUCCCCCGUCAGAUUGACUGCAAAAUGCCGUAGUGAAACCCAAGAAUAACGGUUAUUUAGUGUGUUUUCAUUUAUUUUCCCAUAGGAAUGUUCUACCACGGGCCACGGCACGAGCGAACCACAGUCCUUUGCGACAUCACAACUGAAAGUCGACGAUAAUGACGGGCCAUGAGUAUCACACUGAACCCAAUAUACAUCUGGAGUGUUAUUAGCAUGCAAUGGUGAUACGCACAGAUCGUGCGUAGAAUCGUGAACUCAAAUUAAUGGACAUAGAUUGAACAUAAUGCAGAACAAGUUGUAAUAUGGAAGUAAAUUUUUAAACUGUGAAAAUUAAUUGUAAUAAAUAUAUUUAACGUUAAGUUAUAAAGGCAUAAUAAGUCCUGCCGAUGCAACGGUACAUCUCUGUGAAUCAAAUGAUUUAAAUAAAAUACCUGAAUUAUUAUUAUAAUUUUUCACAUAAAUAUUCUCUCAAUUUUUAUUGCA